AUGGGUCAGGUCAGGGCUAUGCGAUCCAUCGACGAAAUGCUGGAGGGACUGAAGACGCGAGGCGAGUUGCUGACAGAGAAGGAGAUUCGGGGAGUGAUUGCCCGAGCCAAGGAAAUCUUUCUGGAGGAAUGUAACGUAGUCCAUCUCUCCUCGCCGGUGACCGUGGCCGGCGACAUCCACGGUCAGUUUUACGACCUGCUGACCCUGUUCGAAAUAGGCGGAGAACUGCCUCAGACCAGCUAUAUUUUCCUCGGUGAUUAUGUGGACCGGGGUGGUAAUAGUGUGGAGACACUAUUAUAUUUGGUGUUGCUUAAGUUAAAAUGGCCGAGUCGGAUUACACUGUUGCGAGGAAACCAUGAGAGUCGACAGAUAACCCAGGUGUAUGGAUUUUACCGCGAGUGCUUACGGAAGUACGGGACGCCGACGGUAUGGCGAUUGUGCACAGAGUUGUUUGACUAUUUAGUGGUGGGCGCGUUAGUAGAUCAACGCGUGUUGUGCAUCCACGGGGGAUUGUCGCCGGAAGUAAAGUUGCUCGAUGACCUGGCUGGUAUCCAGCGAUUGGGAGAGAUUCCGGACGUGGGUGCUUUCGGAGACAUAGUUUGGAGUGACCCGAGCAGCUUGGUCGAGGCCUGGGCUGUGAAUCCGCGAGGAGCGGGCUACCUCUUCGGCGAACGCGUAGCCAACGAGUUCUGCCAUCUCAACGACCUCGACCUCAUCGCGCGGGCACACCAACUCGCCAUGGACGGUUACCUCUACCAAUUCGACUCUGUCGUCACCGUCUGGUCAGCACCCAACUACUGCUAUCGCUGCGGCAAUGUAGGCGCCAUUAUGCGACUAACUAAACAUGACCCGUCAUUCGCCAUCUUCACGCAGCGCCCACAAACCCAGCCGCCCCCCGAACCCACUCAACCUCCGACCUACUUCCUCUAA